AUGGCUGCUUAUCUUGGGGAGAAAUCGUUAGCAGAUGUACACCAUGACGGACUGGAUGAGAUCUUGUCUGAAUUGAAUCAAUUCUUCCCUGGUAUUGCAGGCCGGGAAUCGCAUUUUCUAGGAAUACCAGCCUUGGACACAUUGCUGGAAGUCUUUGCGCCAAAAACAUCGGGGGUACCGAAUGCGCCAACUGAUCAACUCCCAUCUCGAAGGGGGCCUGGACCUGACCACGGCCAGUCUGGAGACUUUAUGACGGAAGAUGAAGAAAUGAUCUUGCUCAAUCAAGUUCAGACCGACUAUGUUGAAAUGCCGGGUGAAGUACACCUGCCAGACGAGACAGACCCAUCGGCCAGCUGGUUUCCAGACCCUGAGAGUAUCAAAAAGCGGGCACUCCCUGUCGUGGAGAUCUCAAGCAGCUUGUCAGCCUCGGGAAAGUCACAGCUAUUGUACUAUAUGACUGCACUUGCAAUCUUACCGCGAAAUCAUGGCGAUUUGCUGCUAGGCGGCUGGGAAUCGGCUGUGAUUUUUAUAGACAACGACAAUCGCUUUGACGCCGAAAGACUACGGAUUGUGGCUCGAGGCAUCAUACUGCAGCAGCAACUUCGCUCUGACCCGGAUGCAAAGGAUCAACCGACAGGAGCAACGCUGGGUCAUGAGCUGGAGUCGCUACUUGUCUCUUCACUGCGGCAUGUCCAUGUCUUUCGCCCACAGUCAUCCUCGGCCCUUCUAGCUACACUACAGAGUCUAGAAACCUAUCUAUUUGACCUCUCGAAUCAUCGUUCUGCCUCACGUCCCCUGAAAAUGAUUGCCGUUGACAGCGCCACUGCUUUCAUCUGGCAAGAUCGGCUCCGUGACGAAGUUGCUCGAAUUGAGGAAAUUGGGCGUCCCAGGGCAGAGCUUGAUCGUGAGCGCGAGCGAAACCAGAGCUUCCAUCUGUCUGACCUCUAUGGUGAGCUGGUGAUGGUUUUAAAGCGACUUCAGAGUUUGUUUCAAUGCGCAAUUGUGUUCACAACGACCUCGGGUACUCGUGCGACCCCAUCUAGUGAUGGUCAAUCGGGUCCUGGUCUAUACGACUGGUACCAGUUACAAAAUCCAGCAUUACGGCCUGCUCUCCCGGCGCCAUGGGGCACAUUUCCAACAUUGCGUCUCAUUGUCCAACGGUCUUCUGUUCGUCCAUUUCCACCUAGCAUGGCCCCCAAGGCUGCGAUUCAUGAUGCCCAUUUACGACAGAGCGUGGUUCAGCAAGGCAAGAUAUCGGCUUGCGUCAAUGCCUGGGGACGAGAUGAUUGGCCUCAGCGGGUGGUUGAAGCCAUUGAGGAGAACAACAAGGGCAGCUUUUCGUUUUACGUGCGUGAGUCUGAUAUUGAGAUACCCCAGCCCGAUGAAUGA